CCUGGAAGCCUGGCUCCCGCAGCCCACCUUGUUCCUCACUGGCCUCACCUUGCUCCUCUCGCUGGGCGGAGCGGAUCGGCCAGCGGAGCAGCCCUGACAUGCACCCAGCUUGGCCUCGGGAAGAAGGUUUGAGAGCAAAGAGCAGCAGCCCAAGGGGAGAGCACCCCCGGGACUGGGCAUGGAGGUCAUGGCCCCUGCCACCAUCAAUGCCUUGAAUGGCUCCUCUGUGAAGCUCUCCUGCACCUUCAACUCCUGCUACAAGGUGGAGAACAAGCAGUUUUCCCUCAACUGGACGUACCAGGAGUGCAGUAACUGCUCGGAGGAGCUGUUCCUGCAGUUCCGUACGAAGAUCAUGAACAAGCAGCUGGACCGCUUCGGGAACCGCGUGGAGUUCACCGGCAACCCCGCCAAGUACGACGUGUCCUUCACCCUCAAAAACGUGCAGCUGGAGGACGAGGGCACCUACAACUGCUACGUCCUGAACCCCCCAGACCGGCACCGGGGCCACGGCAAGAUCAGCCUGAAGGUGCUCACCAAAGAGCCCCCGAAGCACGACUCGACGGUGGCCGUCAUCGUGGGCGCCUCUGUGGGCGGCUUCUUGGCCGUGGUGAUCCUGGUGCUGAUGGUGGUGAAAUGCGUGCGCCGGAAAAAGCAGCAGAGGCUCAACACAGACGACCAGAAGACGGAGGAGGAAGGGAAGACGGACGGCGAAGGCAACCCGGACGAGGGCACCAAGUAACGCCCCCCUGCUCGCCCCUCCCUCCUCUCCCCUGUACAGCGUGACCCUCUUGAUGUGCUUCCCAGAGCAAGGAUUUCUGUCUCCCCAGAGCAUCCCUCCUUCCAUCCAAACACCCAACCCAGCCUGGAGCAGGGCGCAGAGGGAAGGUCCCUGGAGCCUGGCUGUGCUGGGCAGGGCUGGGGAGGGGGGGCUGCAGCCCCUGAGGCUGAGCUGGGACCAGCCUGUCCCCUGCUCUGAGUGCCAGAGAGUCGUGAGGAGGUGCUGGGGACAGGCUGGGGCAGGUGAGACAUGGAAGGACUGCAGCAGGGGGUGCCAGGAGGGGCAGAGGGCUCUGGAGAGCCCCGUGCCCCAUUGUCUGCUCUCUGUCUCAGUAGAAGAUGCGAGCAGGGGCCAGCAGUCUGCCCUGGGGGUCACAGCUCAUCCCGAGGUGCUCCUGCUGUGCCUGGGCCACUGGCACUGGCGUUCCCAUCCCGAGGGAUUCCGAUAGCUUCCAGUCUCCUCCUUGCAAGCUCGUGCUCCUCAGGGACUGUCCCACGCUGCUCAGAAGUCAGGGGCCAAGGCCAUGAGCACACCUGGUAUCUUGGAGCUUUGCGGUGUUUGGGAACCAUUGAUGGCUCUAGGUGUGCAAGGGAUGGACCCUUCUGCCUCUCGGGCUGUUUUUGGGUCUGAGCAUCUCAGCCCAAGGUGCUGGGCUGACGUUUUUGUGCUUGUUUCCUUCUUGGGGAGGGUGAUUGUGGUGGGAAAUGUCCUGCUGAUUUGUCAGACUGAGGUGGUGGAGACAAAGAGCUGCUCAGAGGAAGAGCAGCUUUUGGGCACUUGCUGGGAAGGACUGGGCACAACAGCAGGCCCGGAGUUAGGACAGCUCUGUCACCCUGGAGCAGCCCUGUCAUGCUGAGACUGCCUCCUCCAGCCUCCCCACAGAGCACUGCACACCCGUAACUGCCACGGCAAUGCACUGCCAGCGUGCCCAGCCCCGUGUGCCACCUGCCUCCCCUGCAGGUGAGCUGUGCUGGGCAGCACCAGGGGUUCAGGCAGGGAAUGACCCAGGCCAGUGUCCCCUGUGGCACCGGGCCUGAGCUUUUCUUCUCCCGUGGCUGCCAGGAGGGGGACAGUGCACGGAGCCACGGGGGACACUGCCCAGGGGCAGGUGGUGGAGGUCCCGUCACCCACGAGCAGCACUGCCAGGGGAGAAGGGAGACCUUUGCAGUGUCCCUGUGGAGAGAAGGGACACCUUUGCCAUGUCCCUGUGCAGGUGCCACCCCGGCAAUGCCAUCAGGCCCCAGGGAUGGCAGGACAGCUGUGCCCUCCCUGCUCUGCCCCAUCGCUUUCCACCCCAGCCCUACGUGCCCUGUCCAUCCCACUCGACCCCCCUGGGCUCCACGCUGCUCCCCUCCCAUCCGCAGCAGGAAUGUGCCGUGUCCCACGCGUGGCUCCCUUCCCCGGGCCCUGCUGCCCAGGGAGGGCCGGGCUGUCCCCGCACCCCCGCACAGUGCCAGCAGGGCUCCCGCACCGCCGUCCGCCAGAGCCGGGCUGUCCCUGGCUGCUGGUGGGACUGAGCCAGCACCUCGGGGGUACAGAGGCCUCUGAGUGUUGCACAUGACCAGUCUUGCAUCUGCCUUUCAUUUCUUUCGUGCACUAUCCUUGGAUUGCAACUUGCCAAUGCAUCUGUCUGUACAUGGCUGUACACAGCAGAGACAAAUACAGAUCUGUACACACAGGA